UGAACUCAUAUAAGUUGAUAUUUCAUUAUGUUAUUAUAUGUAUUUCAAACACUAAAAGCAUUACCUUCUAAACUCUCUUGUUCCUGUUCCAUCUAUAGUUGUCCCAUUUGUGAAUUAGAUUUUAGUUGACUUAACCAGUUUUAAACUUUCAUUUUCUUGUAGUGUUCUUUUGUUUGCCAUUGGAAGUGUUUGGACAGCAUGUUCGUAAUUUGUGGUCACCAGAAACGUAAUUUCAAAGCUCGAAUGAUGGGUGUAGAUUUCAACAAAUUUGCCAGAGAGGAACCUGAUGGCAUUCCCUCAAUAAUGAAAAUAUUUACUUCUGAAAUAGAAACACAUUUUUUGUCAACACAGGGCAUUUAUCGUAUACCUGGAUGCCCAUUAAACGAGAAAAAAAUAUGUCGUGCUUUAAAAAAAUCACUGCACUUUAUAGACUUCUCUCAGUUUAGUGAAUAUGACAUUUGUGAUGUCCUGAAAUUAUACCUUGCAAAGUUGCCUGAACCAUUCACUUCAUUUAAAUUGUACAGCAAGUUUUCAGAGCUUGCUCUAGAAAUAAAAAGGGAAAAGGAAGGGAAGCACAAUAAACUGUAUGACUCCAAAGGCAGGCGCGGCAAGCUAAUAUCUAAGCAGAUAAAUUUGACAAUCUUAAAAAUGAAAGAAGUUCUAAGACAGUUGCCACCAGUUAAUUUUAACUGCUUCCAUUACAUCAUAACACAUCUUAAACGGGUGGCAGAUCGCUGUCAUGAAAAUGAAGUAUCUCCAGAAUAUAUUGGCUUAAUAUUUGGCCCAAUCCUUUUUAGAACUAAAGUGUUAAAAGUUUCCAUAACCAAUUUUCCACUUCUAGAAUAUGCCAAUGAAGAAAUACUUUUAGAAUUUAUUUUGAUAUAUUCAGACAGAAUAUUUGAUAAGGCGCUUCAGCCUACAAAACCUCUAUUUACACCAGAGGGUGACAAUUUUGUGGAUAGCAAAAAUACAAUUUUCCAACAGCCUAUGUCAGUUGAAAAACCAGAAAACAAGCAAGAUACAUUAGAAGAAUAUAAUAAAUGUCCCACUGAGGACAUAGUGAACUUGUCUGCAGAAGAACAACUUGAUAAUGCAUCAGUAAAGUUGAUAAAUGGCUGUGACUCCUCUCUGGAACUUAUUUCACCUGCCAGUGACUCCUCUGUAGAACUUAUUUCACCUGCCAGUGACUCCUCUGUAGAACUUAUUUCACCUGCCAGUGACUCCUCUGUAGAACUUAUUUCACCUACUAGUGACUCCUCUCUAGAAUUUAUUUCACCUGCCAAUGACUCUACUCCAGAACGUAUUUCACCUGCUAGUGACUCCUCUCUCGACCUUAUUUCAUCUGCCAGUGACACGAAAAGCAAUAAAGGACAUAAUUCACGCAUCAAAAGAUCUAUAAAAUCAUUUUUCUCAUCCUGGAUUGGAAAGUUCAAAAAGAAAAAGAAUUAAACAACAACUAGAUUUUGCUGAACUCCAGAUUCUUGAACUACUAUGAAACUAACAACAUAGCCUCUCACAAUUAAAUGAAAUUGAAGACUACAUUUGAAAAAAGCACAUUGGAACCCAAAUAUGACAAUUAAAUGAAAUUGACGACUACAUUUGAAAAAAGAACAUUGGAACCCAAAUAUGACAAUUAAAUGAAAUUGACGACUACAUUUGAAAAAAGCAUAUUGGAACCCAAAUACGACAAUUAAAUGAAAUUGACGACUACAUUUGAAAAAAGCACAUUGGAACCCAAAUACGACAAUUAAAUGAAAUUGACGACUACAUUUGAAAAAAGCACAUUGGAACCCAAAUACGACAAUUAAAUGAAAUUGACGACUACAUUUGAAAAAAGAACAUUGGAACCCAAAUAUGACAAUUAAAUGAAAUUGACAACUACAUUUGAAAAAAGAACAUUGGAACCCAAAUACGACAAUUAAAUGAAAUUGACAACUACAUUUGAAAAAAGAACAUUGGAACCCAAAUACGACAUGACAUAUUGUAAACCUGAUAUACUAUUUUGAAACUUAUGAAAACAUGUUAAUUUAAAAAUGAAAAAUGCUACUCAUCUUCUCCCAUAAAUUACUUUCUGUAAAGUACAAUAAAGUACAUUGUUAAAUUGUAA